GUUUGCCAGAGGAGAGGCCAGCUGGGCUCCUGGUCCUUCCUUUCCGCCCCAGUCCUGGUCCACGGCUGGCUCCCUGCCUCUCCGGCCAUGUACCAACCGCGAGCCCGGGCGGCGCCCAAGGGCAGGGUCCCGCGCUGCCCGCUGCCUACCACCUGUCUCCUGCUGCUCGCCUACCUGGCUUACCUGGCGCUGGGCACCGGCGUGUUCUGGGCGCUGGAGGGCCGCGCGGCGCAGGACUCCAGCCGCAGCUUCCAGCGCGAGAAGUGGGAGCUGUUGCGGAACUUCACGUGUCUGGACGGCCCGGCGCUGGACUCGCUGAUCCGGGACAUCGUGGAAGCGUACAAAAGCGGGGCCAGCCUGCUCAGCAACACCACCAGCAUGGGGCGCUGGGAGUUCCUGGGCUCCUUCUUCUUCUCCGUGUCCACCAUCACCACCAUCGGCUACGGCAACCUGAGCCCCCACACGAUGGCCGCCCGACUCUUCUGCAUCGCCUUUGCCCUCGUGGGGAUCCCGCUCAACCUCGUGGUGCUCAACCGCCUGGGCCACCUCAUGCAGCAGGGGGUGCACCGCUGCGCCCGCAGGCUGGGGGGCACUGGGCGGGACCCCAGCAAGGCGCGGUGGCUGGCGGGCUCCAGUGCCCUCCUCUCAGGCCUCCUGCUCUUCCUGCUGCUGCCCCCGCUGCUCUUCUCCCACGUGGAGGGCUGGAGCUACAUCGAGGGCUUCUACUACGCCUUCGUCACCCUCAGCACCGUGGGCUUCGGCGACUACGUGAUCGGGAUGAACCCCUCUCGGUGGUACCCGCUGUGGUACAAGAACAUGGUGUCCCUGUGGAUUCUCUUUGGGAUGGCGUGGCUGGCCUUGAUCAUCAAACUGAUCCUCUCCCUGCUGGAGACCCCAGGAGGGGCGUGUUCCUGCUAUCACCACAGCUCCAGGGAGGACUUCAAGUUUCGAAGCUGGCGGCAAGGCCCAGAUGGGGAGCCGGAGUCCCACUCCCCACAGCAAGGCUGCUGUCUAGAGGGGCCUUUGGGAAUCAUACAGCAUCUGGAACCUUCUACUCAGGUUGCGCACUAUGGCAAGGACAGCUAGUUUACUCCAGUAUUUGCUCAAUCUUCCUCCUCAGCAACAAGACCUCUCAUUUUAAGCUUGGCACAUGACCACCUAGACUAAAGACUACAUGUUCCAUCCUCCCUGGAGGCUAGGUGCAACUAUAUGAUUAAAUUCUGCCCAAUAAGAUAUACAGAGAAAUAUCCUGUGUGACAUGGAAUGUGACUUUCAGGUGGAGCAAGGUAUUCCCCUUUUCCCCACUUCCUUACUCUAGCUGGCUGCAAAGCUGAUACGGUGGCUGGAGCUCUGGCAGCCAUCUUGUGCCAUGAGGUAGAGGCCAUGUUUGUGAUUGGUGGCAUAAUAAGAUAGAAGAAUCCUAGAUCCCUGAUGACCCCAGAGCCAUCAUAACAAACCUGGA